AUGCCUUACCUUGAUACUGAUAUGGUUUCUUCUUCAACAAAUCGCCUUAUCACGGAGGAGCUAGACUAUGACAUACCCAUCUUAAAGAAAGAGUUUGAUCGAAUGUUUCAUGCAUUAACAAACGAGCAGCGAAAUAUUUUUAUUGAUAUCAUGACUACAGCCAAUGAUAAGAAAGGAGGUGUUUUUUUUGUGCAUGGAUAUGGUGGAACAGGCAAAACCUUUCUUUGGAAGACGAUAUCUGCAACAAUUAGAUGUAAAGGUGAUAUAGUUUUACAUGUUGCUUCAAGUGGUAUUGCAUCGUUAUUAUUGCCUGGAGAGGAUUCUGUUUGUAAGAUAUCGCCUGAUAGUGAACUCGACAGAUUAGUAAGAAAAACCUCAUUGAUUAUCUGGGAUGAAGCACCUAUGGUCCACAAGCAUGAAUUUGAAGCUUUAGAUCGAGCUCUGAAAGGUGUAUGUAAGUUUGACAAGUCUAGCAACUCAAAAAUUCCAUUUGGAGGGAAAGUGAUUGAUUUUGGAGGAGACUUCAGACAGAUUCUACCUGUUGUUCAAGGAGGCAGUAGACAAAAUAUUGUUAAUGCUUCUUUAAGUUCUUCAUAUAUAUGGCAACAAUGCAAAGUCCAUAGAUUAACAAUAUACAUGAGACUAACCGUUGGAAGGGAACCAUCUGAUAUUCAAAAAAUACAAAGUUUUGCAAACUGGCUUUUGGAUAUAGGAGAAGGAAAAGUUGGUGGUUCAAACGAUGGUGAAGCGAUUAUUGAUGUUCCGGAUGAUAUUCUCGUUAAUGAUCCACAUGAUCCUAUAGGUUCAUUAAUUGAGUUUGUAUAUCCUUCAAUCUUGGAAAAAUUCAACGUUAUGAGUUAUUUUCAAGAAAGAGCUAUACUAGCUCCGAAAAAUGAAGUUGUCCAACAAAUCAAUGAUCGUUUGUUAGCACUGUUUCCCGGAGACGAAGUUGAAUAUUUAAGUUCAGAUAGUCUUUGCCAAUCAGAGUUCGUUCAUGAUCAUUUUGAUCCCAAUUUAUACUCCCCAAUCAGAGUUCAGAUAGUCUUUGCCAAUCAGAGUCGUAUUUUGGAGCAUUACAAUUUUGAUGAACGCUAUGCAGCUCUUACAGAGACGGCUGCCGCGGCGGCUACAUCGGUUGUAUCAGCGCAUGCGGAGGAGCUAGUAGAGGUUUUCAUCGAUACAAUUCAACCUAAAAGCAUUUGA